CUUCAGACUACCAACACGUCAGGAUUGGUUGCAAUUUGCGUUGUGCGUGACGUUUUUAUGCACAGCCGCAGCUACUGCUCGAAAAAAUCAACGACAAACGUGCGUAACAAGCGUAUCUCGUUUCUUGAAAUCGUCCCCUCGAGAGAAGCUCGGUCGAGAAAUCGAAAACGCCGGAAGGAUAAAUUUAAAUUGGACAACGAAUAUAGCGAACGAGAACUAUUGGUUGGGAUGUCCGAUUUUAGUUUGUGACGUCAUGCGCAAAACAGUUCAUUCCUCAUUCCCUCCGUAUAUCUAUCCAGCUGUCCGUGGUUUGGCAGUCCGGUGAACGAUAUUUCUCAGGGUGAUUGCUACGUAGGUUUCAUGUUGGUGGUCUUUAGUACGAGCGACGAGUGGCAAUUCAAGGUGUUAAAGUAUUGAUAGAUGAUCGAGUGCCAAUCGGAAACCUGUUAGGUAGAACUAAUUUUGAACAACCUAUAACGGUAUUGUAUGAUAGGGUGGCCUUCGGACUGACAAAAGGUAAAGACGUACGCAGCAGAAACAACUGGCAUUUUUUUCGUGUGUGUGACGAGGUUGUACGAAGUAACUGUUGUCGUACAGCAGGACUGUUCGUUUCUUUUAUCGGGCAACCAGCGUCAACGUGAACAAUCGUUACAUUCCGGGAUUUAUUUGCAUCAACGAUUUGGGAGCGACGAGCCCAUUCGUGAGGGAUGUCUACCCCCGCAAGAAGGAGACUAAUGAGAGACUUUAAGAGACCACAUGAUACUCCAUUUGAAGAUGGUACUUUCAAACUUACAAUAGAAUUUACAGAAGAAUAUCCAAACAAACCACCUACAGUGAGAUUUAUUAGUAAGAUGUUCCAUCCCAAUGUAUAUGCUGAUGGAGGCAUUUGUUUGGACAUAUUACAGAAUCGUUGGAGCCCUACUUAUGAUGUAUCUGCUAUUUUAACAUCUAUACAGUCGCUGUUAAGUGACCCGAACCCGAAUUCGCCUGCCAACUCAAUGGCAGCACAACUGUACAAAGAGAAUCGACGUGAAUACGAGAAGCGAGUGAAGGCUUGUGUGGAGCAGAGUUUUACGGAUUAGUCGCAGGCGUUUCCACAAUGCUGUUGCAGCAUCACUCAGCCACCUACAGCUAUCAAAUACAGUGGAGAACGUGCAGCCUUAUCAAGAAGCUAAUGCUAAAUAUUAGCAUGUUUCUUCCUAAAGCUCUAUUGAACUACCACAAUGUGCAACAUUAGAUCGAAUUUUUACAAUGUUGAGUAAUAAAUUAUUAUAAAAUUGUGUAUUUAUUUAUUUCGAUGUUUGAUAACAGAUCGAUUAUUUCAAUAUUUGAUUGAAAUUAUUAAGUAAUAUUAAAAACAGUAGAAAAUAAUUAAUAUUUGGCGGUUUUUGUUUCUGUACUACAAAGCAAUGUCUUUCACAAGUAUAGAACUAUAUUUCGAUUAAAUUGCAGUACUUCGUAUAGUACAUAAAUUCACUUAAACGUAUAUACACAUAUAUAAGUGUAUAUGUGUGCGUGCACACACACACGCACACACAACAUAAUAAAUACAUUACUUUAUAAUUUUAUGAUUUCUUUAAAUUUUUGUGCUGUUUAUGUUUAGAAUAAACUUAUGUUAUAUCAUAACAAGGUCUAUAAAAUAUUUGUUACAGUCCCUUUUGGAUGAACCAAAUCCAAAUUCUCCAGCAAAUUCAUUAGCUGCGCAAUUAUAUCAAGAAAAUAAACGGGAAUAUGAGAAGAGAGUAGCUACUGUUGUUGAACAGUCUUGGUUGAAUUUCCAAGAAAGUCACACAGAGGAUGCCCGCUGACAUUAAAUAUGGUUCAUUCACUGUUUUUCAUGAAUUUUUAGAAGUUUAUUCGAUGCUCCUUCUUUUUUAAUUUUUUAGAAAUUUAUGGCCUGAAAUAUUCUUUCUAUAUUACCGAAACACAACAUUAUAUCCUCCACAACAAAAUUUUUCUUAUACAUUUGAUUUAGAAGUGCUAUCUAAUUUUAUAAUGUAGGAAUAAAAAAAAAGGAUUUAUUUAAUACUUAUUAUGUUUGAAAUAUAUAAAAAAUGUAGAGCACUGGAGUGAUAUGAAAAUGUAUUACGUAUCAUGUGAUCUUUAUCUGUAAACAUUAAUAAAAUGUGUAUUUCAUUUUGCUCAUUAUAAUUAGACUUUAGGAACUCUACACAAAAAAAUUAUAAAAAUAAAAAAAUAUACGUAUAAUUACCAGUUUUGUUUUACUAAUUAACCAAAAUUAAUUUACAUUGUAACUAACAACUACGUACGUAAAUAUAAGAUCUUCGUAAAAUAAUUUCGAAUAAAUUAAAUUACUAAUAUAUCCUAAGAAAACUGAAAAAUAAUUUUUGUUUCAACUACGACUACAAUGUAUAAAUAAUAUAGUAUAGUGUUAAAAUCAAUAAUCAAUUUAAAUAAUAAUUAUUAAUAAUUGUAAUUUCCUAAUAAAGUUGAAAC